ACAAAAGCGAAAGGGAGCGAGCUGUGGGCUUCUCGAGGGAAAAAAAUGGCCUGGUUGCGGCAAACGCAACGGUGCGAUUCGGAUCGGGACGGAAACAGCCGGCGAAAACUACACGCUUCGUGAAGCCCGGGGCGCCCGGCCAACUUGUGUCUUUCUCUAUGGCUUUCUCGCCACCCAAGCCGCGCCCGCCGCCUAUAAUACGUAACGUACGCGCAUCGAUCUGUCCCCGUGCUGCGCUCUCCUGCGCUUGUCUCGCUUGUCUCGCUCUGCCCACGUACUGUGCGCUGCUUCGCUGAUGAUGGGGUCGCGGACGGGGAUGAUCGUUGCUGCGGUGUGCUGGUGGUGCUGCUUGGUGUUUAGUAGGGAGGCGGCGGCGGCGGACCCGUCGUUCGGCGACAACUUUGAGAUCACCGGCGCGGAGGAUCACGUCAAGACCUCCGCCGACGGCCAGACGUGGUACCUCUACCUGGACAACAAGACCGGCGUCGGGUUUCAGACGAAGCAGAGGUAUCUGUUCGGGUGGUUCAGCAUGAACCUCAAGCUCGCCGGCAACGACUCCGCCGGCGUCGUCACCGCCUACUACAUGUGCUCCGACGUGGACGCGGCGCCGGAGCGGGACGAGCUGGACUUCGAGUUCCUGGGCAACCGGACCGGGGAGCCCUACAUCAUCCAGACCAACGUGUACCGGAGCGGCGUCGGCGGCCGGGAGAUGCGCCACUCGCUGUGGUUCGACCCCACCGCCGACUUCCACUCCUACUCAAUUCUCUGGAACCCCAAGCAGAUCGUGUUCUUUGUGGACAAGGUGCCGAUCCGCGAGUACCGGAACUCCGACAAGCCCAACACGUUCUUCCCGAUCAUGAAGCCGAUGUACGUCUUCUCCAGCAUCUGGAACGCCGACGACUGGGCGACCCGCGGCGGGCUGGAGAAGACGGACUGGACCAAGGCGCCGUUCAUCUCCUCGUACCGCGACUUCACCGCCGACGCCUGCUCCUGGGGGGCCGCUAGCGCGGCGGGGGGCAGCCCGCCCAGCUGCGCGGCGGCCACCGGCAACAGCUGGUGGGACCAGCCGCCGGCGUGGGCGCUCGACGCCGGCCAGCGCGAGGACUCCGCCUGGGUGGCGCGGAACCUCGUCAUCUACGACUACUGCAACGACCGCGAGCGAUACCCCUCGCCGUCGGAGGAGUGCGCGCUCCGGACAACCAGCUCGUGAGGCCACCGGCCCACCGCCGACAUGCCGCCGCCGCCGUUCACCGCCGUAGUAUGAUGUGCGGCCAGGAUCGGAUCGGUCCUCCGAUCGUGCGGCUCAGAUUCCUUCUGGAUCGGAUCGGGCACCGUGUUACACUGUAACUACAGUACUAUUUUUGGAUGGAUUGGAUUGGCCAAGUAGAGUGGCUGUCACGUUGGGAACCAUAUUCUUUUUGGAUCGUGAAUCAUGAAAUACAUAAAAAAAAUUUGCCGCUUCGGUAUUUGAGGUAGCUCUGGUUAAAGGAUUAUUUCAUUAUUGUAAUAGCUAUUAGACAACGAUUUGAGAUAGAGUAUAAAGUUAUUUCAAAAUUCGGAGCUUAGAAAAGAAAACUUUAUAUUGAAAACUUUUACUGCAUUGUUUUGUAAUAUAUGGGACU